AUGGCAUUUCUCAGGUCAGUAGCAACCACAACAAAGACUGCCAUAGCUGCCUCUGCUUUACCUGCUGCCUUCGCUCUCUCAUCUCUAUCUCCUUCUCCAAAUCCCAAACCCCAGAACCUCUCUUUCCUCUCAUCAUCAUUUUCUCUUCUCUCUCCAACUGGCUUUGGCCUUGUAAAGAAUUUGUCUCAGCCUCCUGCCCUUAACAUGGACACAAUUUCACCAAAUCACAAACCCAUCUCACAGGAUAAUGGAGCGUUGCCUGAGUUGGUUACAGAAUUUAUGGUGGACAUGAAGUGUGAGGGUUGUGUUAAUUCAGUCAAGAAUAAGUUACAAACUGUUAAUGGAGUGAAGAAUGUGGAGGUUGAUUUGGCCAAUCAAGUGGUGAGAAUUCUUGGUUCGUCUCCAGUGAAGACUAUUACUGAAGCUUUAGAGCAGACAGGUCGAAAUGCUAGAUUAAUUGGCCAAGGGAUCCCUGAAGUGCCUAAACUGUACUGA